AAUGGGAAUCUGAAUUGUCCUAAUGCAUCCAAUCCAUUCCAUGUUUGUGGGAGUUAUUGCCUGCCAGUGAUCCCAAAGAAAGGCCAGAACAAGGGAAAUAUAAAGAAGCCAACAGAGAGCUCAAACUGUAAAUAUGCUUCAAAUCCUUUUUCACAACUGUUCUGAAUUCUGCUCCUCAGGGGAAGGAGGUUUUGUUCCAAAGAAAGCAGAGAAAAGGAAUGUCUAUUCCAAUCCUGAAAAAGUUUCAGUAAAAACUGAUGAAACAGUAGAAGUAAGCACUGAAGCAGUGAAGGUCUCUGAGAAGAAGCCAAUCAGCAGAAAUUCAUCUACUUCAUGUUCUGAAAGCAGCAAGGAACAUUUUCAGAGUUUUUAUGAACAGGAAUUACUAGAGAGAUUUGGGAUUUUGAGAGGCAAUGAGGAUGAUUUGGUGGAAACUGAGAAGAGGAAAUGCACCUUAAGCACAUUGACUCCUUUGAUUUAA